AUGCUUUGUUGAUUCUCCGAGAAAUCACUUUUUUGUAGAUCUGUUGCACCAAAGAGCAAGCGAUACAAGACUAACCCAGCAAGCUGGACGCCGAAUUCCGCACUGGGAGCUCGAUCAAGGACCGCGACAACCUGUGGCGCGGGCAACAAGAGCAGCUCCCAAUCGAAGCAAUGACCAGGGAAACACUUUUAUAGCUCAUUGAUCCGGGAGGUGCUGGGACAGGAAGCGCUUCUACAACUCGUGCAUCGGGGAAUCGAGAGAUUUCUCCAGAGAUUUCUCGCUGGUGCUCGCGGCAUUCAAGGCUUGCAGCUGGUGCCUCGGGCGGUGCUCAAUGUUUCUUUUUGGUUGUUACAUCGGCAGAUGGAGCUUGUGAUUCCCAAGUUAGGGCGGAUGAAAAAGCGCAUUCGGAGCCUUUUUCUGCGGAGAAGCAUUAGCACAGCAAUCACGCAGGGCCGAUUGUUUGCGCCACUAGGUAAUGUUGAUAUUAACUUCGCUUUUUGCAUUGCAUGGUUUGGCACAAUGGAUGAAAAUGGAAAACCAAGAAGCUUGAAUGGAUUAAAGUACCAUAAUUGGGGAGUAAACGAUGGUCAAGCAGGGCACAGAGCUCAUGGAACAUGGAUCCUAGGGCAAGCGGCGCACUGCGGGAUCGCUCAUCCAUUCACGAGCUUAAAAAAAAAUGGAAGACUCUGCUAGCAUGCAUCGUCAACA